AUGUUGUGUUCACGCACGUCAUGCUAUGAGUUCCAGUAUUCUGACACAAGCCGCACGUGCAUCACACGACAUUCAGAGCCAAUAUCUGACAGCGUCCUUAACCCAGGCAGCGGAUUGUUUGACAUCUUCAACGACAACGAGCAAGAGCCUAAGACAUGUUUUGAGAUCAGGAAAAACAACCCAGAAGCUCAGAGUGGAGAGUAUAAGAUCAUUUCCUCGGCUCCUCAGUUUGAGGGUGUGUCAGUGAAGGUCUACUGCUUGAUGAAUGACACACACCAGAUAGAAUAUGUCACACUGCCAAAUAGGAACAUUGGAAACUUUCCCAAAAGGUCGAACAAUAAUUGCAGAAAUGAACAUUCAUAUUUACUAGCUGGUGCUGUUGGUAAAGACGGAGUAACAGAGUAUCAGAAGAUCAGAGUAAAGCCAUCGACUAUGACUGUUGUGAGAACUGACACCACCUUCACAAGCGGGAACAAGACGAAGCCACAUACAUUUGGUACAGCAAAAGAUUGUUACUCAUAUUCUGGAAGCUGCAAACGAAUAGGAACCUUUCACAUCGACACACUAGGCACAGGGAUGAAGUUCUCCACUGAUCUUAAGUGGACUGGAAAAGGAAGCGUAGGCAAAGUGUACAGUAUAACCCGGACACAGAAUGGCGCCGUCAUUGAUCUGGUGUGUGGAGGCUGGUGUGGGGGAUGCGAUCCUGAUGGAGAUAUGAUCCUCUACCCAAACAAUCUGGAUAUUCAGCCAUAGGUCUACCCGUUGUGUGGAGGAUAGUGUGGAUUGUGUUAAGUAUAAAUCCGCAAAUUGAAACAAUAAGCUAACCGAGAUAUCUGUACGUAAAAAGUGGUAUAUAAUCAACAAUUGUAUUAUUAAAUGAAUAUUGUUUACAAAUCAAUACAAAUUACUGCACAUGGAUGACAGUAUACAAUAGAAUGGUCAAUAUCAAAUACAAAAACAGCAGUGAUAAGAAAAGUCAGUUAUAAUAAUAUAUUGACUCAGCAGCGACAGUGCUAAAGCUUUCGCGAUAAUCAUAG